CUUGCAACAAUGUCUCAACCCAACACCAUUUACCUCACUACAGAGGAGGACGAACGGAUGCGAAAAACGCUCAAAGGCAGACUGACAAAAUGCCAAGAAGUUUCUGGCCAGCCAAGAGUGCCUGGCGACCCCAAUACGCGGCAGAAUCAAGUAGCAAUGGCAUCUCUGCUGUCGGACUUUGCUGCCCCUCCUGAGCCUGGAUUGAAAGCGGGGAAAGGUCGACCAGACGCGAUUGUCGCUUUUGCUGUCGGUAAUCCAUAUCCGCCAUGCACUGUCUCGGUCCAAGAUCUGAAGCCUAUGAAUCUUUCUGAUCUUCGCAUGGAGACGCAUCAUCGUGGUCAUGUGCUCACUGUUCGUCGUGUGGCUCCCGUGGUGAAGCUUGUGGCUUCCUCUUGGACAGUGGUUGAAGAAGAAUCAUCCGGAGAGACGGAGCGACUCGAAAUUUCGUUGCACAAGUCAAAUCAUGGGCAAGAGAUCCUGGAUUUGGGGUCUUUAUUCCAGAUCAAGGAACCAUAUUUCACUCUUAACGAUGAAGGAGGGCCGACAAUCCGAAUCGAUCACCCGUCAGAUCUUUUUUGUACAGAUACACUUCCUACAGGUAGUUCGGGAUCUUCUCCCGAGGGACAUGGCGAGUCCGGAUAUUCUGAGAGUGGGCAAAAGACAGCUAGGGACUUCAAAGAAGAAGGAAAUGCUGCUCUCAAAGAAAAGGCUCUGCUUCUAGCACAUACGAAAUACACCCACGGACUACAAUUGCUCACGACGGAAGGUUCAGCAAAAGAAGAGUUAGCAUACGAUCUCUUCCGAAAUCGUGCCCAUGUUAACCUUGCCCUCAAUCGCCUCGACGAAGCGAAAACAGACGGACUCGCAGCUGUCACCGGCCUAGAAGACCAGAAAUACAAAGAGCUCGACAGCAAAGCGUACUUUCGCGCUGGCUGCGCAGCGUACAACCUUGGCGAAUUCGACGAAGCCAAGCAUUUCUUCGAGGAACAGCAGAGGCUUAUGCCUUCUCACAAAGAUGCUGCAGUCCAUAUUCGGAAGACUGAAGUACGUCUCAAAGAGAAAACCAUUGGCGUGUACGAUUUCAAGAAAAUCAAAGCAGGUCUGUUAACAAAUCGGCUAAGAGUUGACGUCACAACCUUUUCCGGCAACGUCGAAAUCAAAGAAAGUCCUGGACAUGGCCGUGGUCUUUUCCCGACUUGUGCCAUUAAAUCUGGUGAAAUUGUCUUGGCUGAGAAAGCUUUCUGCGUCAUAUGGGGCCAUGAAGACGAAGCAUUGACAGCAAUGACCUACGAUAACCGCGACGACAGAAUCAGAGUUUGUCCAGUUGGGCUCUGUAAAGCUAUUGUGCAGAAGCUUUCAGACAACCCUUCGCAAGUUGAGAAAGUCAUGGCUCUCUUUAGCGACUACAAGGGUCUUGACAAGCAGCUCAUUGUGAAGGACUCCAAGCCAGUCAUUGAUACCUUCCAAAUCCAUGAUAUUGUUGCACGGAAUGCUUUUGGUCCGGAUUCGGUGUACUCCAGUGGUAGGAAUCAAGAAGACGCGGACGGAACAACUGCCAGCGCUGGUCUUUGGGUCUUGGCCGCGUAUAUCAAUCAUUCGUGUAUCCACAACGCGAAAAAGGAGUCCAUGGGUGAUUUUAUGGUUCUACGUGCUACUCGAGCAAUUGCUGCUGGGGAAGAAAUAACACACAGCUACGAUUCAUCCAGCGAUUACGACGCCAGAAGUGCAGAAUUGAUGAAAACAUGGGGUUUCACAUGUGACUGCGCCCUUUGCACUGCUGAGAAGAACGAUAGUCCAGCUGUAAGGAAAAAGCGUCGAGAGUUGGAAAACGACGCGAAUUUGCUGGUUGAAAGGAACGCACCGGUUGGCGCAAAGACACUCUCCAUUGUGAAGGCACGGCGUCUUGUUAAGUUGAUCAAUGAUACAUACGACGUGGAGAGAUACAAAGGAUUACCUCGCCUGGCACUAUCAAGGAUUCAGAAAUGGCUCAACGAAGCUAGUAACAAUCGAUAG